AUGCUGAAAAUUCUCAAGUCCAUCACCAGGCGAAAACCGAUUGACGUUUCCAGCAGUGAAACAAAACUGAAACGAUGUCUGGGAAUAGUUGAUCUAACGGCGCUGGGAAUCGGCUCCACUUUGGGCGUCGGCAUUUACGUCAUCAUCGGCACAGUGGCUGCUAAGCAAGCAGGCCCCUCUGUGGUGCUCUCCUUUGCCAUUGCCGCGGUGAGCAGCAUCUUUGCCGGCUUUUGCUAUGCAGAGUUCGGCGCCCUCGUUCCAAAAGCUGGAUCCGCCUACAUCUACUCGUACAUCUGCGUCGGCGAGCUGAUGGCCUUCGUCAUCGGCUGGAACCUCAUCCUCGAGUACGUGAUCGGCACCGCCUCCGUCGCCCGCAGCUACGCCAACUACGUGGACUUUCUCUUCGACAACGCCAUCGAGCGCUUCUUCAGCCGCUACCUCUCCCUGCCCGCCUCCGCCUGGUUCUCCUCCUACCCGGACCUGUUCGCCUUCGGCCUGACGAUGCUGCUCACCGGCAUGCUGGCCAUCGGCGUCCAGGAGUCCACCCGCUUCACCACCAUCUUCACCGGGGUGAACAUUCUGGUCAUCGCCUACUGCGUCAUCGUGGGCCUCUUCAAGGUAAAAGGAAGUAACUGGGCCAUCGACCAGGGAGACAUUCCCGCCGAGGCGGAGGGCGGAAGUGGCGGCUUCUUCCCCUUUGGCAUCAAGGGGACGAUCAGCGGCGCGGCCACCUGCUUCUAUAGCUAUGUCGGCUUUGAUGCGGUGGCCACCACCGGUGAGGAGGUGCUGAGGCCGCAGCGAGACCUGCCCAUUGCUAUUGUGUUGAGCCUGCUGGUAAUCACCGCCGCCUACUGCUCGGUGGCCGCCGUCCAAACGCUGAUGUGGCCGUACUACGAGCAGAACGUCAAGGCCCCGCUCCCUUUUGUCUUCGAGCAGGUCGGCCUGCCGAUGGCGAAGACGGUGAUCACCGUGGGCGCCCUCGCCGGCCUCUCCACCUCGCUGCUGGGCGCCAUGUUCCCCCUGCCCCGCAUUCUCUACGCCAUGGCCACCGACGGGCUGCUCUUCCGGCCGCUGGGCGCCAUCAGCGCCCGCUUCAAGACGCCCCUCGUGGCCACCGCCGUCGCCGGCCUCUUCUCCGCGCUGAUGGCCACCUUCUUCGACGUGGACCAGCUGGCGGAGAUGAUGAGCAUCGGAACGCUGCUCGCCUACAGCCUGGUCGCCAUCUCAAUUCUCAUUCUAAGGUACAAAGAGGACGACAUGGCUGGACUGACAAAAGCUGAUGAUAACAAUGCAUCAGUAGCUGAACUAGAAAACAAUGGCCUGGGCUGCCGCAAAAUCUUCCCACCAUUUUUGCGCUCCUGGACCACUUUCCUCACCUAA